AUUGAGGCUGAAGUAGUUCACGAAAAAGUUGAUGAUUCCCCAAUAAAAAUAGAGACAUCUCAAUCAUCUCAACAUGAAUUUAAAGAAAUCGAGGCUGAAGUAGUUCACGAAAAAGUUGAUGAUUCCCCAAUAAAAAUAGAGACAUCUCAAUCAUCUCAACAUGAAUUUAAAGAAAUCGAGGCUGAAGUAGUUCACGAAAAAGUUGAUGAUUCCCCAAUAAAAAUAGAGACAUCUCCAUCUCAACAUGAAUUUGAAGAAAUCGAGGCUGAAGUAAUUCAUGAAAACAAAUGUCUCUCUCUUAUCCCGUAUGAUGGAUCUUUAUUCUUUAACUCGUAUGAGAAAUCUUUAUUCUUUAAUUUGGCUGAGAAACAAGGAGGUUUGUAA